AUGGAUCUCAACAGUGCCAGUAGCAUUGUACUUCAGGUCUUGACUCAAGCCACCAGUCAAGAUACUGCUGUGCUGAAACCAGCUGAGGAACAACUGAAGCAGUGGGAGACACAACCAGGUUUCUAUUCAGUAUUGUUGAAUAUUUUCACAAAUCACACCUUGGAUGUGAAUGUGCGGUGGUUAGCUGUGCUUUACUUCAAAAAUGGAAUUGACCGGUACUGGAGGCGAGUGGCACCACACGCUCUUUCUGAUGAGGAGAAAUCUACAUUGCGUGCAGGGCUUAUUGCAAACUUCAAUGAACCAAUAAAUCAGAUUGCUACACAGAUUUCGGUCCUGAUAGCAAAAGUUGCUCGGCUGGAUUGCCCUCGGCAGUGGCCAGAACUCAUCCCCACCCUCGUAGAAUCUGUUAAAAUUCAGGAUGAUCUUCGCCAGCACAGAGCUUUGCUUACCUUCUAUCACGUCACAAAGACUUUGGCAUCAAAACGGCUUGCUGCAGAUAGGAAACUUUUCUACGAUCUGGCCUCUGGAAUUUAUAGCUUCACCUGUUCCUUGUGGAAUCACCAUACAGAUACCUUCCUCCAACAGAUUUGUACUGCAGAUGAAACUGCUAUCAGUAAUUCAUUAGAGAGAAAUCUGUUAUCAUUGAAAGUGCUUCGCAAAUUGACCGUUCAUGGCUUUGUGGAGCCUCAUCGGAACGUAGAGGUCAUGGGAUUUCUACAUGCAGUAUUUGAGCGGUUAAAACAGUUUUUGGAAUGUAGCAGAAAUAUAGAAGUGGUUAAUGUGUUCAGAGAUCGUCUGGAAAAGACUAUAAUUCUUUUUACUAAAGUGCUUUUAGACUUCUUGGACCAACAUCCUUUUUCAUUCACCUCUCUGAUUCAGAGAUCACUGGAAUUUGCUGUAAGCUAUGUUUUCACAGAGGCUGGUGAAGGAGUCGUGUUUGAGCGAUUUAUUGUCCAGUGCAUGAAUUUGAUUAAGAUGAUUGUCAAAAACUAUGCUUACAAGCCAUCCAAAAACGUGGAAGACAGCAGCCCUGAAACGCUUGAAGCUCAUAAGAUAAAGGCAUCUUUCUUCACAUAUCCAACAUUAAUGGAGAUUUGCAGGCGAUUGGUUACUCACUAUUUUCUGUUAACUGAGGAAGAACUGACAAUGUGGGAAGAGGAUCCAGAAGGCUUCACUGUGGAAGAGACAGGAGGAGAUUCUUGGAAAUACAGUCUGAGGCCUUGCACAGAAGUGCUCUUCAUUGAUAUUUUCCAUGAAUAUAAUCAGACCCUUACACCAGUUCUUCUAGACAUGGUUCACAGUCUACAAGGUCCCACCAAUGUAGAUCAUACCCAAACACUGCUGAUUAAAGAUGCUGUGUAUAAUGCAGUUGGACUGGCAGCAUAUGAGCUUUUUGACAGUGUGGAUUUUGAUCAGUGGUUUAAAAGUCAGCUACUAGCAGAAUUGCAAGUGACUCAUAACAGGUAUAAACCAAUACGUCGACGAGUAAUUUGGCUAAUCGGACAAUGGAUUUCUGUGAAAUUCAAGUCCGAUUUAAGGCCUAUGUUAUAUGAAGCAAUCCGUAAUUUGCUUCAAGACCAAGACCUGGUGGUCCGUAUUGAGACAGCUACUACUCUGAAACUGACCGUGGAUGAUUUUGAGUUUCGAACUGACCAGUUUUUACCAUAUCUGGAAUCCAUGUUUACUCUGCUCUUUCAGCUACUUCAAGAAGUUAGAGAAUGCGACACAAAGAUGCACGUUCUUCAUGUUCUCUCUUGUGUAAUUGAAAGAGUCAAUAUGCAGAUACGACCAUAUGUUGGAUGCUUGGUUCAAUAUUUACCUCUACUUUGGAAACAAAGUGAAGAACACAAUAUGCUGAGAUGCGCUAUCCUUACUACCCUAAUUCACCUUGUCCAGGGCUUAGGAGCAGAUAGCAAGAACCUUUAUUCUUUCCUACUCCCAGUUAUUCAGCUAAGCACUGAUGUUUCGCAGCCCCCACAUGUAUAUCUUCUAGAAGAUGGAUUAGAAUUGUGGCUAGUAACAUUAGAGAAUAGUCCCUGCCUUACUCCAGAGCUGCUGCGAAUUUUUCAGAACAUGUCUGCUCUUCUUGAGUUAAGUUCAGAAAACCUCAGAACCUGCUUUAAGAUCAUCAAUGGCUAUAUCUUUUUGUCUCCUUUGGAAUUUCUUCAGGUCAAUGCCACUGACCUCUGCAAAUCGUUUUGUGAGAUCUUGAAAGACAUAACCACGGAGGGUCAAGUUCAAGUACUGAAGGUUGUAGAAAACGUUCUCAAAGUGAAUCCAAUAUUGGGCCCUGACCUAUUUCAGCCUCUCCUGCCAUCUGUGUUUCGGGGAAUUAUAAGUGGAGAAAGGUACCCGGUUGUAAUGUCGUCUUACCUGGGAAUCAUUGGUAGAGUCUUGUUGCAAAAUAAAAGUUUUUUCUUGUUGCUUCUGAACCAGAUGGCGUGUGAAUUUGGGCAAGAGCCAGACCUGCUCCUUGGUCAUGUGAUUGAAAUGUGGGUUGACCGCAUGGAUAAUAUAACUCAGCCAGAAAGAAGAAAACUUUCGGCUUUGGCGUUGCUUUCCCUUCUGCCAUCAGAUAACAGUAUUAUCCAAGAUAAAUUUUGUGGUAUCAUAAACAUUUCAGUAGAAGGACUGCAUGACGUCAUGACUGAAGAUACUGAAACAAGGACAUUCAAGGAUUGCAUGCUGAUGUCCAUUUCUGAAGAGCCCAAAGUGACAGAAGAGGAGGAGCCUCCCACAGAACAGGAUAAAAGGAAAAAGAUGCUUGCACUAAAGGAUCCAGUACACUCCGUGUCACUGCAGCAGUUUGUAUACGAGAAGCUGAAGGCACAGCAGGAGCUGUCGGGAGAGCCAGGCUUUCAGGCACUCAUGGAAACGGUGGACGCAGAAAUAGUCACCCAACUGCAAGACUUCUUACAGGGCUUCUGAGG